AUUCCAUCAUGGCUUCGACUGGAGGGUCUCACCUGUCAAGUGGAAAAAUAAACCUGAGUUUAUUGAGAGAUUUUUACAGACGUGAGCUUUUAGAAGCUCUAGACAAAUGUCUUGGCUCUAAGGCAUUAGUAUGGGAUAGUGAUUUGACUGGACCUUUUGGUUUAAUAGCAGAAUAUUCUUUACUGAAGGAACAUGAAGUUGAGAAGAUGUUUCCACUGCAGACUUCUGGUCUUCCGCCAAGUAAUGUACAGAAUAUUAUAUUUAUAGCCAGACCAAGACUGAAACUCAUGGAUCUUAUAGCACAGAACUUAUUACAGGAAGAGCAAAAGGGAGGUUUUAGGAAAGAAUAUCACAUCAUAUUUGUCCCAAGAAAAAGCCUUCUUUGUGAGAAAAGAUUAAAGGAUUUAGGUGUAUAUGGUACCCUGGCAAAUAUUGAAGAAUUUAGUCUCAGUUUAAUUCCUUUUGAUUAUGACCUGAUGUCAAUGGAAAUGGAUAAUUCUUUUAAGGAAUGUUACCUGGAGAAUGAUUUUACCAGCAUGCAUUAUGCUGCUCAAUCCUUGAUGACACUACAGACACUAUAUGGUGUUAUUCCUAAUAUUUGUGGGAAAGGAGACUGUGCUAAGCAAGUAGUAGACAUGAUGUUGAGAAUGAGAAGAGAACUUUGUGGACAGGAACCAAACAUAACACCACAGAUAGAUAAUCUAUUGAUUCUUGAUCGUAAUGUUGACCUUCUGACCCCAUUGUUGUCACAGCUGACGUAUGAAGGAUUAAUUGAUGAAAUAUUUGAUAUAAAUAAUACAAGUGUAAAACUACCUCCCGAAAAAUUUCAGUCAGGACAAGGUGAAGAAUCCAAAGGUGUUCCAACAGAACCAAAGAAAGUCAUUCUGAACUCUUCUGAUGUAUUAUAUGCUGACUUGAGAGAUAAGAAUUUUAAUGCAGUUGGUAGUAUUGUCAGCAAGAAAGCUAAAACAAUAACAGCUGAAUUUGAUGAAAGACAUUCUGCCAAGACAGUUAGUGAUAUGAAACAGUUUGUAUCUAAACUUCCACAUCUACAACAAGUCAGGCAGUCAUUAUCAAUACAUACAUCAAUAGCAGAACUAGUCAAAGAAUAUACUGAUACAGACGAAUUUAUAGAUUGUUUGCGGUGUCAACAAGAAUUCAUAAAUAGUAUAGAGACAGAUAAAGUUCACACGUACAUAGAAGAUUGUAUGGGAAAACAGGAACCAAUUAAUAAGGUUUUAAGAUUAAUAUGUAUCCAGUCUUAUUGUAACAAUGGAUUAAAACCAAAAGUAUUAGAUUAUUAUAAAAGAGAAGUUCUACAGACAUACGGCUUUGAACAUAUAGUUACAAUAAUGAACCUAGAGAGAGCAGGAUUAAUACGUCUUUUUGGUAACAGAACAUAUCCAACUAUUAAAAAGUCACUCAGAUUAAUCAUGGAGGACGUAAAUGAAAUGGUUCCCAAUGAUAUUUCAUAUGUAUACAGUGGAUAUGCUCCUUUAAGUAUUAGACUAGCCCAGUAUUAUGCCCGCCCUGGCUGGCGUAGUAUAACAGAAGUUCUCAACCUAUUACCUGGACCGACAGUUGAAGAAAUACAACAAAUACCUGUAGCUCUCAGGAAGAGACGAAGUUCAAUAGGAUCUAUAAAUUCCACAGCAGCAGAACAAAAGAUAACAUUGGUGUUUUUCCUGGGAGGUGUGACAUAUGCUGAGAUUGCUGCUCUCAGGUUUCUUGCUCAACAGGAUGAUGGUGGUACAGACUAUGUGAUAGCAACAACAUCUAUUUUAUCUGGUGAAACUUUAUUGAAUCAAGUAUCAGUACCUUUGGAACCAGCCAAACUAAAUCCUUUCUGAUUCAAGGUUUAUUGACCUCAGCCUGCAGUCUUGGAGAUUAUUCAGCUUUUUGGUGAUACAGACUUUAUAAUAGGAACAACACAUGUUUUAUCUUGUGACGCUGUAUCAGGAAAUUUAGAACCAGUUAAAUUCAGUCCAGUCUUAUUUAUAACAUUGACUUAUUGAUCUCCUGAACUUAUAUUUUCAUAUAAAUAUGUUGUUUUGUUUAAAUAUAUUUACAGUUGUAAAUUUGUCAGCCAUUACUAAAAAUCACACCUGUUCCCAUAGAAUAUUGCAUUACAAUUUCAAAAAUUUGACGUCAUAAUUAAAAAGUGAUUGAUAUUUGACCUCACAAGGUUAUUUAGAGACAGGUCUAGGGUCAUUAGUAGACAAAGUUUAGCUAAAUACCCAAAGUGAAAAUGUGUCCAUAGGAUGUAGAUGUGAAAGGACAUCCUCUUCUUAUGUAUACGUUACAGUUUAAGUAAUAAUUCUAAUGUCUUGCUAGAAUAAAUGUAAAUUCUGAUUUAUACUUAUUAAAGUUCAGUACAAAUCAGUAUUCCAAUGACUUCUAGUAGAAAUUUGGAUGUUAAGAUUUGUACUAGGGGGAUCCUGGAUUGUAUAUAAAAUCUAUGAAUACUUUUACAAUACAUAAUAACAAUAUUUCGCUUUACUUCAGUAUAAAGUAAACUUAUAAUUAAAACUUAUUAGAAUGAGAAUUGUAAUUUUUUGUUAAAAUUUUCAGAAUAUUUGUCAUAAUAGUCAUUACAGUGCUUGUUUUGUGUUUAACACUUUAUCAUGAGUAAAUGGCCUAAAAAUAGACGAGGUCAAGGAUAUUUCAUACAAAAAUGUCAAUUUCCUUACUAAAGUUUCAAAAACAGUAUGACUGAGCAAAUGUUUUAUAGGUUAAGGAGUAUACUUCAUGUCUGUCAUAUUUGUUUUUUCGUAAAUUGUUUUGUUAUAAAUUAGGCCGUUAAAUUUUUCAAUUGAAUUGUGUCAUAUUUUUCAUGUCGGGGCCUUAUAUUGCCAUAAAACAGUAUGGGUUUUUCUCAUUGUUGAAGGCCGUACGGUUGCCUAUAGUUGCUUACAUCUACUUCAUUUGAACUUUGGUGGCUAGUUGUCUCAUUGGCAAUCAUACUACAUCUCCUUAUUUUUAUACUGUAAUUGUGAUUGUGUUUAGAUUCAUACAAGGGUGUUAAAACAUAGGAAGGAGUCAAAUGCAAAAACUGGACCCCCAAAAAAAAUUCUAUGUUAAGAUGAUUGUUUUAAUAGAAAAACAAAGGAUAAGGGGUAUCCAUCCAUGACACAAAAUCAGUACAUGCAGAGCAAAAACACAGAAAAAGCAAAGGAACAUGUUGAUUUACAUACACACUGUUAAACUUUCUCUGGACUCAGCCCCUGAGACCCCUAAUUGCUCUUUGUUGUUUCACAGAUCGGAAAAAAACUGGAAUCUUUUUGAUGAUUGUCAGGUGGUUUCUGUCUACAGCUGUGCAAGAAAGAUUUAAAAACAAUUUGUAUUUCAUGUUGUAAACUAAAGCCAAAAAUUGUUUCCUCAAUGAAAUGCCAUUAACAAAAUAUUAGCAUAUUUUAUCACAAGUAAACCAUUUGAAAAGAUUUUCAAGAAAGUUAUUGUAUUUUGCCAGAUUUUGUUUGUAGUAAAGUAUUGAUAGUCAUUCUUGUUUGGUCUCUAGUUGAUAGUUGAUAACGGUCGCAUAUCCUUAUAUUUAUGUUAUUACACCAUAUUAAUAUAUAGCUAAAUCAUUUUACAAGUAAUUACUGUAAAACAGAUGUUAAACAAAUAUAAUGUGUCAAACUUUUCAUGAAUAAGUUACGGUUUAUAACAAAUGUAUAGAACCAGAUAUUAUAUUGGGAUCUUUAUAAAUGACUUAUGAACUAAUUUUGUAUGUAUGUGUUUGCAUUUGACUAUUUGUGUGAAUGUUUGCAUCUGUUGUUGAUGUUAAUUUGUUAUUAUUUUAUAUCUUAUUAUGAGGUGCAAUAAAAUUAAUAUAAAAA